AUGUCGUCCAACAAAGCCCAGGCUGGCCCCAACCAGUCUCGCAACGAAUACAUUCCCUCCUUCAUUUCCAAGCGACCUUUCUGGGCAGAGACGAGCUCGGACGCCGAUUACCUCGAACAUCAGCGUCUACAGUCCGCGCCCAAAGAUACCCUCGACACAGCAAAAUGGUACGACCGUGGGCGCAAGGCCGGGCCGGCCGCCACGAAAUUCCGCAAAGGCGCCUGCGAAAACUGCGGUGCCAUGACGCACAAGACGAAAGAAUGCCUCUCUCGCCCUCGCAAGACCGGCGCGCGCUGGACAGGGAGUGACAUACAAGCGGACGAAGUGGUAGAAGACGUAAAACUGGGCUGGGACGCCAAACGAGACCGAUGGAACGGCUACGACCCGCGCGAGUACGCCGCAGUGGUACAGGAGUACGAAGAUCUCGAAGCGCUCAAGAGAAACGCCAACCAUCCCGACGAGACAAAGCCAAAUUCCGACGUCGACGUCGGAGCCGAAGCCGAUGACGCAGAUGCGAAAUACGAUGAAGAGACGGACAUGGGUCGUUCACAACCCACUUCGACGCGGCAAUUGCGCCUGCGCGAAGACACGGCCAACUACCUAAAGAACCUAGACUUGGAAUCCGCCAGAUACGACCCCAAGACGCGGACGAUGGACAAGUCGGCGGCACCUGAACUGUCCAACGACGGCGAGGUUGACGUCUCAGACGGCUUCGUACGCCCCGCCCCCGACGACGCCGCCGAGUUCGAACGAGCCCAGCGCUACGCGUGGGAAACACAAGAAACGUCCGGGGGCGGCGCCUCGACCAUGAAGAAACUCCAUCUCCAGGCGAACCCGACCGAGGGUGAGAUCCUCCGGAAGAAGCAGACACAAGAAUCGGCCGAGAAGAAGGCUGCCGCUCGCAAGGCCCUGCUCGACAGAUACGGCGGCGACGAGCACAUCAAGGCCUCGUCGCAGUCCAAGAAGAUGCCCCAGGUCUUGUCUUCCGAGCGCUACGUCGAGUACGACGAGUCGGGACACGUCAAGGGCCAAGAACGAACGACGCCCAAAUCCAAAUACUCCGAAGAUGUCUUCGUAAACAACCACACCAGCGUCUGGGGCAGCUGGUGGCACGACUUCACGUGGGGCUACGCGUGCUGCCACAGCACCGUCAGGAACAGUUAUUGUACGGGCGAAGCAGGCCUGCUGGCGUUCGAGGAGGCUCGAGGUCGAAGGACCGGCGAGACGCUCCUGUUAGAGGGUAAUGUGGCCGGGGAGGAGCAAGCUCAAGCUGAAGCUGAAGCGCAAGAGAAUCAUGAUACGGAGCGCUGGGGAAACGAACAUACGCACGACAACAACGACAACGACAACGACAAUGCGUCUGCGCCGUCGACAAAGGUGAAAUCAGCACCGCAAAAGGCGAAAAAGCGAACCCUCCAAGAACUCCAGUCGGGCAUCUCAGAAGAGGAACUCGACUCGUACAAGAGGAAUCGAGUGGCCGGUGAUGAUCCCAUGGCCUCGCUCCUUGGGAAGGACGAGUUGGUAGAAAUGCGAUGA